ACAUCAGUUGAAAGUACUUAUCCGUUUUAAACCAUCAUCACAUCAAACUAAACAAACAAUAAAACAACAGAAUCAUGUCAGGCGUAUCUCUUGCGGUGGGUCCAAGAACCGAUAGGGACAAAACAUCGUCAUCAAGUGAAAAGAGACGGUGGUCUGGGAUGUCGGCAGCCGGAGGUGGAGGAGGCGGCUUGAUGGGAUCAUUGAGGGUAAUAGAGCUACAGCUAGUCGCCUUCAUACUAGUCUUCUCAGCGAGCGGCCUCGUACCGCUACUCGACAUGCUGUUUCCAGCGUUUGCGUCUGUCUAUAUAAUCGCCCUCUCGCGUUUUGCUUUCCCUUCUCACAGAGUUUCCACCGCUGCACCUGAAGUCUUUCACGGCAGCAAACUCUUCAGGGUUUAUGUGAUUUCGGGCACGACGAUUGGUCUGUUCUUGCCUCUAGCUUACGUGUUAGGUGGUUUUGCAAGAGGAGACGAUCAGGCGGUAAGAUCAGCAACACCACACUUGUUUCUGCUGUCAUGUCAGAUCCUGACAGAGAAUGUAAUAAGUGGCCUAUCUCUGUUCUCGCCGCCUGUAAGAGCUCUGGUGCCACUUCUCUACACGGUGUGGAGAAUCUUUGUGAUCAUUGAUUGGUCUAAAGAUGUUUGGUUCAACAAAUCUUUACCAGUCAAUGCUACACCUAAUGUGGCUGCGUGGUUCUGGUUUGGACGGUAUUUAGCAAUAGCGAACUUAGUGUAUUUUGGAGUGAAUCUACUCUGUUUCUUGAUCCCUAGAUUCCUACCUCGUGCUUUUGACCGUUACUUCAGAGAAAGAGACGAGAUCCUUGCUAAAAACCAAGAAGACAAACCAGUUGAAGUUCCAAGAGCAAGAACAUCAGACCCCAAAUCUGAUUGAUCAUCUUUUUAUUUCUUCUGAAUGUGUAAUGUAACGAACUAAGUUGUUUAUUAUGGAGAUUGUUAUGAAAUAUUAGCAAGGAUACUGAAACAAUGAGGUUGUGAAUGUACA